AUGAGCCUGAUGCAUCGCUUCCUUGGAGCUGCAUUCUGGCAGACACUCCAGGUUUCAGCACAAGCGCCCGGCAGCUGCCGUGGCAAGCGCCUAGGUGAGGCCUGCGAGGUUGAUGCGGGACGCCUUGCUGUCGCUGCGCAGCGUCAAGGUGUCUGUGCUUCGCUGCAGGCACCGCAAAGCGGCCCAGAGCUUGUGUGCCUCGCUUGUGGAAGCUAUGCUUCCAUGGAUUUCGCUGACCGCCUCGGCAGCGAGCUAGGUCAGCUCGGAACUUGGGGUGUCCUGGCCGUGGGCGCCACAAUGGGCUCAGUUGUCACUUGUGGUCUGCUCACCGUGGCAUGGCACCUGCGGGGUCUCUUUGAGACACCCUUCGAGGAGCUAUCCAUGGAAGCGGAUGACUUGGUGGAGGAGUACAAUAUGCAGAAACAGCAGAGGUCGCUUCCGGCACGCCCGGCCGCGGACGUGGAGCUCGGACAACUCCUUGGGAAAAGCAGCAAGGCAGUGCGCCGCGAAACGUGCUCCAGGACCUCGUCGGGUGCGCGCAGCGGGCUUAAAGAGCUCCGAGCGGCGGAAGCCGGGCCAGGGCGGCACAAGGCUGCCGGCGAGGCUCCAGCAAGGGGCUCGAUGCUCGCCACUGCAGGCCGUGGUCGUGGGAGGGGCAGCGCCCUCAGCGACCACCGCGGCGCCACCGCCUACCCGCUGCCCACCACGGCCGGCACGGUGACAGUGUGCUUUGCCGGUCAGUCGGUCGUCCGCCGACAGCGUUUUUCGAUGAGUGUCCAUCUGCAGGUAGACAUCGCCAAGCCCGAAGCCAUGCUAGGACUCUUCGGUGCCCGUGGCUUCAUCGAUCCUCGGCUGCGCCUCAUCGCGACAGCCCGCGGGCGGAGUGUCGUCACGGCUGGGAGCUUGCCCCUUGGACAGACAAGGUACGUCAAGGCUACCUUGCAUGCUUGGGCAUACAGUGUGUCGGCAGACAGUGAGGUGGGUUCACAUCAGGAAAGGCCAGAUGAGCAUGCAAAAAGCCAGGUGCCCCUCAAGUCUAUGCUGCGACGCAAGCUUCCUUGGCGGGAGGUGCCCCUGUUCAAAGCCAGCCGCAAAGGUCUCUCAGAGGACGACGAGAUAAUUCUGUUUCUGGCGGCCCUGCGGAAAUUCGGGGUCUACUCGGAGUGGUACCGCUACCUGCGAACUCUUCCUCUCGAAGAGGCCUCCACACCACUGACCUGGAAGCCGAAUGAGAUCCACGCCCUGCGCGGGACACCUGCGCACCCGGAAGUGCGGACCCUGCGGAGGCAGCUGUCGGCCCUGUGCGAACGCUUCGCCGAGCAAUUCGUCUGCGAGGAGCUUCGGUGGGCUGCGAGUCACUACUGGAGCCGGGCGGUGGCCGUGGUCGGCGCAUCGCCAAAGGCUUUUCGAGCACUGAUCCCCGGGGUGGAUUUGUUGAAUUUCGACUCCGGAGCACAGAACUACUUCCGCAUGGCUGGGAAGAGCAUCGUCUACAUUGCAGGCAAGGACUACGCAGCUGGUGAAGAGAUCCUCGACAGCUAUGGCGGAGGCAAGAACGACACCAACCUGCUGGUUCACUAUGGCUUUCUUGCAGAGGAUCCUGCUGGCAGCUUUGCUGAACUUCCCUUUCCCCGAGACGUCGGACCGCACUCGCAUCUCAAAGAUCAGAUGCUGCAAACGGCGAGGGCGAACAACUUGAAAAUCCGACCAGGAGGUGAUGUCGAGGGCGUCAAUGCGCUCCGGAUUCUCAAGCUGAGCGGAGAGGAGUUCAGCUCGUACAACGUCCACGGGCUGCUCUCACACUCGCGAUUGCCAGCGCAACGCGUGGCGCACGCAGAGGCGGCGGCCAUGUCUUGGCUGAGGGACAGCUGUGGAAUCCAGCUUGCAGAGUUGCAGAGGCGCGAGCCUUUGCUCCUUCACAGCGAAAUCUGGCAGUUGGUCGGCGAAUACCGGGCCAGAUUGGUGAAGCUUUGGACCGGCUGUGUGGAGGCUGCGACGAGGCGACUGGAGCUUGUGCAGCCGGAGUUGCCGCGGGUCACGCUGGCUUCGACUGCUCCGACGCCUGCGGACCGCACCGACUCUGACGAGGGGGCUUUGGCGCCCACACCUCGGCGAGCCAGCCGGCGAAGAAGAGGAGUCUUCAGAGCUCCGAAAUGGUGUCGGGCAGCAGUCCGCUUGUCUGCAGCUGCAGCGAGGUGUGGUCAG